CGCGACGUGAAUCAGUUGCUUGAAAAUGUUCUCCCGCUUGUGUGAUUGUGUUCGUAAUCGUACUCAAACGGCUCCAACACAGUCCGUCGGCAUUGAGACCGGAAAAUCAGAGAAAACGAUCGCCGAGAAACGAGUUGAAAAACGGAAUCUAAGCAAAAAGAUCAAAAAUAAACUAGAAGAAAUUAUCAAUGAAUUUCCUGUGGAAAAUAGCUUACAGAAACUUCAAGACCUACUGGACGAUUCAGAUAUUAAAACUCUGCGCGAUUUGAUUAAGGAUUUAGAGAAGUGGAACGCAGGAAACACCAUCCCGGAACCAAAAUCCUUUCUUCACACGGCAAAGCUUCAACGUUCAUUCGCCAUAAUGCUGAAAAAGAACAUCAAGUAUCAGUCACUACUGGAAGCUUUUAUAACCCACUUUGAUGCCGUCAAUGAAAGCGUGAUCCCAGACCUGGAUACUCCGCUGCAUUACGCCGUCAAAGCCUUGAAUGUCGACUUUAUAAAGUGGUUACUAGAACAACCGAACGUCGCGAUAAACAGUCGUAAUAACCAGCGCAAAACGGCUCUGUUUCUAUUGUGCGAACAAUACAAGGUGAACAAUCUCAAAAUUGAGAAACUAAGAGAGUGUAUUUUGCUACUGUUGGAACACAAAGCGGAUUUCAACAUUUGUAGCGAUCUACAGCAGUUACCAUUUGAUCUCUUGAUUCGUAAUUCGAAUGACAAUGAAGAAUUCAUUAGGAAGUGCUUGGAGCUAAUUCCUACAGCCGUUGCAAUUAGUGAUAGGAGAAUUGUAAGCUUUUUUCAGUGCUGCGCACCUGUCACGGUUACCGUAGAGCUGUUAGAGAUAUAUUUAAGAUUUGGAGAGACGGAAAAGUUUUUGCGUGAGAUGAAAAAAUUCGAUGUAAAUCAGUAUAAUGUUGAAGCAGUUAUCAAACUAUUACUACACAAGGGUGUUGAACUUAACAUGGGGUCCUGUGUCAGUACGAUAAUAGAAAAAGCCGGAAAGACCAUUUUUCAAGUGGAGAAAACUCGCAAUUCUUCGGAUGUCGACGCACUUGCGAACUCGACGGAUGUUAACACAAAUCGGUUACCACUAAAAGGACUCUUGCGAAAGGCAUGUGAGGCCGGGAAUGUCACAACGUUGAGACUUUUGCUGAAUCGAAUAACCGAUCGUGUGUUGAUCAACGAUGAUCCGAUUUUGGUGAUAACUCUCAAUCGGGCUAACGAAUCCUGUAAUCAUACCGAACAGCGAUCUAGAAUGCUACAGUGUGCUGAUUUGCUUUCCAAUGAUCAGAGAGUUCACAUUUCUAGCACAGACAACUAUGGAAAUACCGCACUCCACUUGGCAGUGAAGUUUGGUUUUUCGGAUAUUGCACUUGUACUACUCAAAAACAAGCACGCUUUCCUGGGAACGCGAAACAAAGAUGGCUUAACUCCGCUGGACUAUGGCCGGUACGAUUUUUGGAAGAAGUACUUCGAUCAGUGUAUAACAAUCGACGUGAAACGUGCAAAUUAUGAUAGAAGUGAUGUUUGGUUCAAUCUGAAUGGGUUCAGUCCGUACAUGCUUAAAAAACAAAAGUUAACAAAAAAAGAAAAGCACCAAAAAACAGCAGCUUCACUGCCCAAAGAUAGCAAUAAUCUAUGGUGGAUUGUUAUGAAACCAAUGGCGAAAAACAACACACAAUCAAAAUUAGAUACGACGAAUACAUUUUCCGGGACGGAAAUCGCUCCCGUAGAAAUAAUUUCAAAAUCCAAAGACUUAAUACCUCUGCUUCUCCAUCCCGUAGUCUACACAUUCAUUAAAGUCAAAUGGCAAAGUAUGGCAAAAUGGCACUACAUCAACCUCUUCUGCACACUACUAACGAUGAUCUCUUUUGGUUCCUAUUCGGAAAACGCCUGCGAUGAUGGCGGAGCUUCCGUGAUCUCUACUUUUUUUUCCUGGCUGGGUGCACUGUGCAUGAUCUGCAGAGAAGUCUUACAAAUUUCGUUCAUGAGAAAAAAUUACCUUUAUUCUUUAAACAAAUACUUGGAUAUUGUCAUCAUUAUCUUCAUGUUAAUAGUUUUGAUGAGUGGAUGCAAUUCGAUUCUGUCCUCCCUAGCUGUCAUUGUUUUAGCAGUCAAAUUCAACGUUAUCAUAAGUUCGCUUUCAUUCAACAUCCUCUCCACUUGGAUGUACAUGUUCAUAACCGUUACUGUUAACUUUCUGAAGUACUUGCUGUUCUUCAGUUUUCCUCUGUUUGCCUUCGUCUUCUGUUUCUUCGUGAUCUAUAAAGACGGAAACCAAACACCGAAGGCAUUGAUCUCCCAGCAAAACACCUCCUUCAACCAAUUCAGUACCUUCUCAUAUGCAGCCCUGAAGACUCUAGUCAUGACGACCGGUGAAUUCGAUGCAGCUGACAUUGAUUUCAGUGAUGGGAAAUACAUCGUUUUCGUUUUGUUUGUAAUUUUCGUGUCAAUCGUAUUUGCUAACUUUCUUAAUGGUGUCGCGGUCAGUGAUAUCACCGUAAUUAGGAAUGAAUCCGAACUGAUCAGUGUUGGCCGGAAGGUAUUUGUUUUGGAUCGGUAUGAGCGAGGCCUUGAAAAUAUUAAGUGGAAUGACUUACGGCGACUAUUUCCUAGCCCAUUUUUUAAGGAACACUCCGACCGUAUAGCCGUGAAACCUAAAGAACUCCGGAAGAUUCUGGUGCAGCGCAUUGACAAAUCGAUAGUUUUUCAGCAGGAAGGCAUCCUGAAGCAAAGUGAGCAAAAGAAGAUACGAAACAAUCGAUGGCGACUGAUCCGGAAUAUUCUGCGACUGUGCAGAAGUAAACAACCAUUUAGUCGGACAGCGACAGUAAUCGAAGUUCCACAGGAUCGUGAGCAAAUUGUGGAGCAAGAGCAGAAAGUGAAAGGAAACAAUCGAUUCAGUAUCAAUCGGUGGAUCCGGAACACUCUGGGGCGACGCAAUAAUGACCCAUCAGUUGAACAGCCUUUGUGUCAGCCCAAUAACGAACCACCGGUCAGUCAGCAACAAGACGAGAAAACACGUAAAUUCAAGUUUUCCAAGACCGAAUGGAAAGUUGUUCCGCUUAUACCGUGGCUCACUGCGAAUAUAAAACUACUGGAAUUUCCUUUAUCCUUGACACUGGAGGGCCAUAUUAUGGACGAAGCGCUCCGAAUCACUGAUCGGAGCAUUAUGGCUGAGGACAACGGAAAGCCCAACGAACUGCUGCUAGAAAUGGAUAAAGUUAUAGAACCAAUCACAUCAGACAAGAAACUUUUAGUUACUGCACAAACUGCUAAACGUGCCAUUAAAAUAGUUAGAGGUGGAUAAUGCCAUAAAAGUGUCAUUACAUUUUCGUCAGUGUCAAGUUAUAGUAUAGUUAACUAUUUGAUAAUAUGUAUUUCAUA